UAUUUUGUUUUGUUUCUGUAGUAAUAACUAGUAUAUUUUCUGAAUUAUGACUUAACUUUUAUAAGGCAAUAAUUUAACCAGCAAAUAUAAAAUUAAUGGUAAUCUAUGUAAGCAGUAUAGAUUUUAGAUAAUAAAUUGCGGUCGGCAGGCCAGGAAGGUUAACCAAGAAAACCCCAAAAUGCAAGACGUAAUACCCUUAUAUAUGGCCAAAUGUGUGGAGGAUCUUGAAAAGAUCGCGGUGCCACCCAAUUUGCUAAAGGCGACGAAGGCCCGGACAUUAGAGAAUGGCUUGAAGAGCUUGUACGUUACGUUAUUGACUGAAGUAGCAGACCAAGAGAAAUGUUUUGUAUUGUCUUUACGAUACCUCUCUUUAUAUGACAAACUAUAUCAAAUAGGUGAUAAAAAGUUCCUGUCUUCGAUGUACUCAUCUCAAGUGAAAAUGGUAACUCAAAAGUUAGUUGAGGUAAAGUCAAGCUUAGAACAGCGGUAUCGCGAUGAAGAACAGAAGCAGCAGGUGGUCCAGCGCAAAUCAAUUAAAGAUGUUGGAACUGAAACUGACUCUGAAGAGGAAGACAAUACACUAUUUAAAAGAGACUAUAUAUCAUGCAAAGAACUUUAUGCUGCAAUAGAAAGUGGAGUGGAUUUGCUGCUGGUUGAUAUAAGAGCCUAUAGUGAAUAUGAAGUCUCAAAAAUUAAAUUCCCAAACAUUAUCAAUAUUCCUGACAGUAUAAUAAAACCGGGCUUGUCAGCUAAUACAGUUGGGUUGGAAUUAGUCAAUGAAGCCAAAUACUUGUGGGAUAAAAGAGAUGAAUUUGACGCCAUUGUCUUUCUGGAUUGGAGUUCCAGUUCCAGUACAAUAACCAGUACCAAGUUAACCAUUAUGAAAACUGCUGUUGUGGAGUGGGAUUGUCUCAGAAGCUAUUCCCAAGAGCCUGUCAUAUUAGAUGGAGGGUUCAUAGACUUUGUGGAGAGCUAUCCGGCGUUAGUCACUAAUGUACACACCAUCAUUGCAAGAAAAAAUGAGGAUAUUGAUGAAUUGCUUGAGUUGGACACUGUGAUAUAUCCCAAAUCAAACAUAUCAGAGAUGCACUUGAAGGAGUUCACCAUUGAAAGACUCGAAGAGUCAUUCUCUAACGAGGAGAGUGAGGAGUUGAAAGUUGAAAGUUUAACUGAUGACCUACCAAUCGUCGCUGACGAAUUGAAAGAGGAAGCAGCUGACAAGCCGGCAGCAUUAAAAGGAGGUAAACAGGAAACUCCAGAAGAAGGCAAGGAGACUGUGGAAGAAACACGCCAGAGAUUACUUAAGGAAGCAAGAAUCAACAAAACCAAAUUAUUGAACUAUGCCAGGACUCUUAGCGUUACAGAUUUUGUUAGAGGAGACCCAUGGCAGCGGCCAAAUCACGCAGUGCCACCAUUGGUGAGGAGGGAAAUCAAGCCCGCAUAUUUUCCUCCCGGUUUCAAGGGGUGGUGCGGUUUAGUAAAUAUCCGGAAUACUUGUUACAUGAACACUGUCCUUCAGUGUUUGAAGUGCGUACCAGUGAUGCGCAAUAUUUUUUCAUUUUCUUCCCAUUAUGAGAAUUUAAUAACACGUGAACCUCCACUGAUUAUACACCCUUUUGCCAACGUCAUCCGGGAAUUAUGGGAAGGAACCGAAUCGCAGAAAAAAUUAUUUGUUCCGCAGGAGUUCUAUCUGGCAGUUUGUAGUUUGGAGCCUAUUUAUAGGCAAGGUAAUCACGAGGAUUGCAUGGAAUUUUUCUUGUUUUUGUUCAAUCAACUCAACCAAGACUGUGCCUAUGAUAUCGAAGCCAAGCGAAUCACGAUCGAGCGGGAAAAAGCUUGGUAUGAGCAUUUGCAAGGGAGAACCUCAAUAUGGGUGGAUUUGUUUUACCACCAGUUUCACGUUACCAGAAUUUGCGAGGCUUGCGGACUGAAAGCCGAUACGUACGAAAUCGACAAUACUUUGAUGGUGUCCUUUCCGAAUAAUUCUUCUUGUGAACAUCUGAACCAGUUAAUCGAGUAUACUAUGAGCAAACAGAAAAUUUUAGACUUCAAGUGCACCAAAUGCGACCACCUGGGAGUUUACAUGAGUAAAAAUAUAGUGGUUGAACCGGAAAUACUGGUUAUCGUAUUGAAGAGGUAUUAUCAAACGUCGUGGCAGGAAACGAAAAAAAGCAAUAGGUUUAUCAACUUUGACCUCACCAUGAAGUUUGGGAGGUGCACCUACAGACUGUAUUCCAUGGCGGAACACCAGGGCACCAUGAGUGCGGGCCACUAUUACGCUCACGGUUACCUGGACAACAAGUGGGUCGAAUUGAACGACGCGAAAGUCGGAAAACAGUCAGUCGAUUGGUCGACUGUGAAAAAAACCGUUUGUGCCUUUUUCUACUGCAAAAUCAAUAAAGCUAUGUGAAGUUACCCCCCACCCCCCUUCUAAUUUCCACAAAAGCUUUAAAUUAAAGAAUUAUUUAUUUUUGUUAAAUGUUGAAAGAAAGAGGUUUUACGUUUCAUUCCUAUAUAAAUAUAUUCUAGUAUAGUUAUUUUUGAUAAUGCUGUUACAGCGACUAGUCUUAGUGAUAAUAGUAAAUGUGACGUUCGUCUUAAUGAAUAUGUGCCGCGAACCACGAAGCCUUUUAGGUUUGCGAGUU